GGACUCCACAAAAUGAUGAUCGCAAAUAACGAAGUGCUGAAACAAGAAAGAGCAUGUAAUAAAAAGGUAGAGCAGUGUCAACAGAAAGAGACAACUAUCAUGAUUUGCACGUAUCGAAGAUAGUACUAGAGAUUCCUCAUCAUCGUGUUUGUGUUUGUGAGCUCGGAUGUGAAAAAGCAUGUAUGGCCAUCAUGAACGAUGGUAGAAACAGGGACUACAGCAUGCAUGCAGUUGCUGCGCUCCGCUUUGCCGACUUCAUACUACCUCUUUGCUGCACUUCGUCGUGAUCACCGGCCGAGUGCUUGCCGACUAAGUGCUUUGAAAGACUUGUCGCAAGUUGUGAGGCUUCGUGUUUUACUAGUAGUACAAACAUCCUGAGACGCACAUCCUUCUGAAGUAGAUAGUAGGACACAAAAAAAAGAUGCCAUGAAGUAGGUUUCAUGAAGUAGGAGCUGCCAUGAAAUGACAAGUGCAUCUUCAGAUGCCAUGAAGUAGGACUAGGAGCUGCCAUGUUGGCAUGACAAGUGCAGUAUCUUGAGACAGACGCAUCGAUUCUGAGGAUGUUUCUCAAGCGAGUGAGGCACGGAACGGCGAAGGUCACAAUGUUGCUCUUACAAGUCUUCCUUUCCUUUGCCUUACUCCGGGAGCACACGGCGACGGCCGGACAUCGUGGACAGCGACCUGUUGGCACUUUCGGUUUGCGGUCCUCAACCCUAAGGCUUAGAAAAAGGGUCUCUGAGGUGUUGAUGUUGGUCCAUUGCAUUUGAAAUGUAGACUUUCAUCUUUCGUGAGACAGGAGCCUUUAAACAUUUCAACUACAUGUCUGAAUAUUUUUGUGAAGUGAUCAGAACAAUGUAAACAGAGAUCUAAAUGAUCAAUAUCAGAUUCAGACUUUGUUGUUGAUCUUGAUGCUGUCAGUGGCCUUUUAUGGCCUCUUUAAAGUCCAAGAUUCCUCCACCUUCUCUAAGACGAGCAACGAUUGCUGCGGCUUUUGGUUCAGUGGGACCGCUGUCGUCGAUCUUAUUACCGUUAAGGGCUACCACCAAAUUUCAUUCCCCAGUACUAGACCAUCCUUGGCCUUUUUUCUACUUAAAAAAGGCGCCAGGGAUGUUCUGAUGGGGUCUAAUUCUGCAUUCUGUAAUCUUACCGUCUUGUUCUUUGGUCAGCGUAUACGGGUACAGCGUCACACAGAACGCCACAGAUAUGACAUCCAGAGACUGGCUACGUACUUUAUUGCCUUUUGAUGGGGACCAUUCAGUUAGACUUUGUUUAUACAUACUUGUUGGCGAGAAACCAGUAUAAUUGGUAGUAGAAUUAUCUACAAGACUGUACUCUGAGACUGUACUAUUUUUAGACUGUAAGAAAUCAGAAUCUAGGAGAGUUGUUACCACCACAGGAAUAAACGUUCCCAUCCUCAGAUUCCCAGCGAGACCGCAAGUAUGAAUUCGGGGAUCUGACAGACACUGAUGAGGACGAGGACGACAGGGCUCCCAGAGCCUCCAGCUUUAUCCACCGACUGUCACCGCAAGCAGGCAGUUUAUUACAAGUCUCGUCUUAUGGCUGAAUAAAUCCUCAUCCCGCUACACUUGUAGUAUUCUGAUGUUUUCUCCGUUCUUUAGAUUUUGCUUAGGCAUACAAAAAAAAAAACACAACACAAAAAAAUGGAAGACGCGCAAAUAUCGGGUCGUUUGAAAAUCGGCGCGUUUGAAAAAAGGGGGGGUUUGAAUUGCUGCGUUACUAAGGAGGGGACGGAGGUGGCCGGGCCUUGCAAGAGCGAGCCGCGCCCUGCGAGGGAGGGCCGCGCCUUGCAAGUGCGCGCCGCGUCUUGCGAGUGCGCGCCGUAGGUAGGGCGCGGCCUUGUCUUGGCGAGCCGCGUCUUGCUCUUGCGAGUGCGAGGCGCGUCCUGCGGGUGCGGGUCGCGUCUUGCGAGUGUGGGUCGCGUCUUGCGGGUGUGAGUCGCGUCCUGCGAGUGCGAGCCGCGUCUUGCGAGUGCGAGCCGCGUCGUGCGAGGGCGCGCGUGAGUGCGAGCGCGAGCGCGAGCACGGGCCGCGUCUUGCGCGUCACGCCUUGCGAAUGUGGGCGGGCCGCGUCUUGCGAGUGCGAGCCGCGUCCUGUGAGUGCGAGCCGCGUGCUGCGAGUGUGCGCCGUGGAUUGCGGGGGUGAGUGGCCGCGCUGUGUGAGUGCGAGCCGCCUCUUGCGAGUGCGGGCCGCGUCUUGCGAGUGCGAGCCGCCGUCGCGCCUUGCGAGUGCGAGCCGCGUCGUGCGAGUGCAAGGCUGAGCCGCGGCGCCUUGUGGGUGCGACUGCCAGAGCUGGCUGCGCCGUGCGAGUGCGAGCCGCGUGCGUCUUGUGAGUGUGAGCUGCGGGCGUCGUGUGAGUGCGAGCAGCUCUCUGUGAGUGCGGGCCGCGCCUUGUGCGCCGCGUUCUGCGAGUGCGCGGCGUGUCCUGCGAGUGCGAGCCGCAUCCUGCGAGUGCGAGUCGCUUGCUGCGGGUGUGGGUCGCGUGCUGCGAGUGUGAGCCAUGUCUGUGCUGCGAGUUGCGUCUUGUGAGUGCGGGCCGCGUCUUGUGAGUGCGCGCCGCAUCUUGUGAGUGUGAUGCGCGUGCUGCGAGUGCGGCCCGCGUGCUGCGAGUGUGGGCCGCGUGCUGCGAGUGCGGGCCGCGUGCCUGCUGCGAAAGCGGGCCGCGUCGCGUGCUGCGAGUGCGGGUCGCGCCUUGCGAGUCGUGUCUUGCGAGUCAGUGCGAGCCGCGUCGUGCGAGCGCGGGCCGCGUCUUGCGAGUGCGAGCGAGCCGCGUCUUGCGAGUGCGAGCCCCGUCGUGUGAGUGCGAGCCCCGUCGUGCGAGUGUGAUCCGCGUCGUGCGAGUGGGUGCGAGCUGCGCUCUGCGAGCGUGAGUCGCGUCCCGCGAGUGCGGGCCGCGUCUUGUGAAUAAGAGCCGCGUCUUGCGAAUGUGAGUCGCGUCCCGCGAGUGUGACGGAGCCGCGUCUUGCGAGUGUGAGUCGCGUCUUGCGAUUUUGAGCCGCGGGCGCCUUGUGGGUGUGGGGAUGCGUGUCGUGUGAGUGAUGUUCGCGCCUUGCGAGUGCGAGCCGCGUCCACCUGCGAGCGUGGGCCGCGUCUAGCGAGGGCGAGCCGCGUCCUGUGGGUGUGAGUCGCGUCGUGUGGGUGUGAUUCGCGUCGUGUGAGUGCGCGCCGCGUCUUGCGAGUGCGAGUGAGUCACGUCUUGCGAGUGCGCGUCGCGUGCGUCUUGCGAGUGUGAGUGCGAGUCGCGUCUUGCGAGUCGCGUCGGUCUUGCGAGUGCGAGUCGCGUCUUGCGAGUGCGAGUCGCGUCUUGCGAGUGCGAGUCGCGUCUUGCGAGUGCGAGUCGCGUCUUGCGAGUGCGAGUCGCGUCUUGCGAGUGCGAGUCGCGUCUUGCGAGUGCGAGUCGCGUCUUGCGAGUGCGAGUCGCGUCUUGCGAGUGCGAGUCGCGUCUUGCGAGUGCGAGUCGCGUCUUGCGAGUGCGAGUCGCGUCUUGCGAGUGCGAGUCGCGUCUUGCGAGUGCGAGUCGCGUCUUGCGAGUGCGAGUCGCGUCUUGCGAGUGCGAGUCGCGUCUUGCGAGUGCGAGUCGCGUCUUGCGAGUGCGAGUCGCGUCUUGCGAGUGCGAGUCGCGUCUUGCGAGUGCGAGUCGCGUCUUGCGAGUGCGAGUCGCGUCUUGCGAGUGCGAGUCGCGUCUUGCGAGUGCGAGUCGCGUCUUGCGAGUGCGAGUCGCGUCUUGCGAGUGCGAGUCGCGUCUUGCGAGUGCGAGUCGCGUCUUGCGAGUGCGAGUCGCGUCUUGCGAGUGCGAGUCGCGUCUUGCGAGUGCGAGUCGCGUCUUGCGAGUGCGAGUCGCGUCUUGCGAGUGCGAGUCGCGUCUUGCGAGUGCGAGUCGCGUCUUGCGAGUGCGAGUCGCGUCUUGCGAGUGCGAGUCGCGUCUUGCGAGUGCGAGUCGCGUCUUGCGAGUGCGAGUCGCGUCUUGCGAGUGCGAGUCGCGUCUUGCGAGUGCGAGUCGCGUCUUGCGAGUGCGAGUCGCGUCUUGCGAGUGCGAGUCGCGUCUUGCGAGUGCGAGUCGCGUCUUGCGAGUGCGAGUCGCGUCUUGCGAGUGCGAGUCGCGUCUUGCGAGUGCGAGUCGCGUCUUGCGAGUGCGAGUCGCGUCUUGCGAGUGCGAGUCGCGUCUUGCGAGUGCGAGUCGCGUCUUGCGAGUGCGAGUCGCGUCUUGCGAGUGCGAGUCGCGUCUUGCGAGUGCGAGUCGCGUCUUGCGAGUGCGAGUCGCGUCUUGCGAGUGCGAGUCGCGUCUUGCGAGUGCGAGUCGCGUCUUGCGAGUGCGAGUCGCGUCUUGCGAGUGCGAGUCGCGUCUUGCGAGUGCGAGUCGCGUCUUGCGAGUGCGAGUCGCGUCUUGCGAGUGCGAGUCGCGUCUUGCGAGUGCGAGUCGCGUCUUGCGAGUGCGAGUCGCGUCUUGCGAGUGCGAGUCGCGUCUUGCGAGUGCGAGUCGCGUCUUGCGAGUGCGAGUCGCGUCUUGCGAGUGCGAGUCGCGUCUUGCGAGUGCGAGUCGCGUCUUGCGAGUGCGAGUCGCGUCUUGCGAGUGCGAGUCGCGUCUUGCGAGUGCGAGUCGCGUCUUGCGAGUGCGAGUCGCGUCUUGCGAGUGCGAGUCGCGUCUUGCGAGUGCGAGUCGCGUCUUGCGAGUGCGAGUCGCGUCUUGCGAGUGCGAGUCGCGUCUUGCGAGUGCGAGUCGCGUCUUGCGAGUGCGAGUCGCGUCUUGCGAGUGCGAGUCGCGUCUUGCGAGUGCGAGUCGCGUCUUGCGAGUGCGAGUCGCGUCUUGCGAGUGCGAGUCGCGUCUUGCGAGUGCGAGUCGCGUCUUGCGAGUGCGAGUCGCGUCUUGCGAGUGCGAGUCGCGUCUUGCGAGUGCGAGUCGCGUCUUGCGAGUGCGAGUCGUGUCCUGCGAGUGCGAGCCGCGUCUUGCGAGUGCGAGUCGCGUCCUGCGAGUAUGAGUCGCGUCCUGCGAGUGCGAGUCGCGUCCUGCGAGUGCGAGCCGCGUCUUGCGAGUGCGGGCCGCGUCUUGCGAGUGCGAGUCGCGUCUUAAGAGUGCGAGUCGCGUCUUAAGAGUGCGAGCCGCGUCUUGCGAGUGCGAGUCGCGUCUUGCGAGGGUGAGCCGCGUCUUGUGAGUGCGAGCCGCGUCUUGCGGGUCGCGUCUCGCGAGUGCCAGCUGGGCGGGUGGGUCUUGCGAGUCGCGUUGUGUGAGCGCGAGCCGCUUCUGUUCUUGCGAGUGUGGGUCGUGCUUAGCGAGUCGCGCGCGCCGCGUCUUGCGAGUGCGAUUUGCGUUCUGCGAGUGUGAGUUCGUUGCGCCUUGUGAGUCGCGUCUUGUGAGUGCGGGCCGCGUCUUGCCUUGCGGAUGCGCGUCGCGUCUUGCGAGUGUGAGUGAGUCGCGUCUUGCGAGUGUGGGCCGCGUCUUGUGAGUGUGGUUCGCGUCUUGCGAGUGUGGGCUGCGCCUUGCCUUCUCUUGUGAGUAUGAGCCGCGUCGUGUGGGUCGCGUCGUGUGGGUCGCGUCGCGUGAGUCGCGUCGUGUGGGUCUUGUCGUGCAGGGCGCGUCGUGUGAGUGUGGGCCGCGUCGUGUGAGUGUGGGCCGCGUGCUGCGAGUGUGGGUCGCGUGCUGUGAGUGUGGGUCGCGUGCUGCGAGUGUGAGCCGCGCCGCGCGAUUCAGUGUUGGCCGCGUCGGUCUUGCGAGGGAGUGCGGGCAGGAUCUUCUUUGGCGAGUGCGAGCCGCGUUCUCUGUCUCUUGUGAGUGUGAGCCGUGUCGUGUGAGUGUGGGCUGCGUCUUGCAAUUGUGUGCGUGAGUCACAUUUCGUGAGUGUGGGCCGCGUCUUGCGAGUGUGAGCGAGCCGCGUCCACUUGUGAGCGUAAGUCGCGCCCACUUGCGAGCGUGGGCCGCGUCUACUUGUGAGCGUGGGCCGCGUCUGCUUGUGGUUGUGAGGAUAGGCCGCGUCUACUUGUGAGCGCGCGCCGCGGUAGUUUGCGAGUGUGAGGGGGUCGCGUCUUGUCAGUGUGAGUCUGUGGCUUGUCUCCUUUGCGAGUGUGGGGCGCGUGAGUCUUGGCCUGCGAGGAGUGCGAGCCGCGUCUUGCGCGUGUGGGCGGUUGUGUUUUGUGAGUUCGGGUCGCGUCUUGUGAGUGCGCAGCGCGCUGCGUCUAUUCUUGUGAAUGCGAGCCGUGUCGUGUGAGUGUGGGCCGCGUCUUGUGAGUGCGAGCGAGGGGCCAUGUUCGGCGAGUGUGAGCCGUGUCGUGUGAGUACUGGCCACGUCUUGCGAGUGUGCGCCGCGUCUCUUGAGUGCGCGGGCGCCGCGUCUUGUGGGUGUGCGUCCGUCGCGUCGUGUGAGAAUGCGCCGCAUCUAGUGAGUGCGAGCGGCGCCCGCGUCGUGUGAGUGUGGGCCGCCUCUCGCGCGUGCGGUUCGCGUCUUGCGAGUGUGGGCCGCGUCUUGCGAGCAGUCUGCGAGGCGCGUCUUGUGAGUGUGAACCCUGUCAGGCGAGUGGCUGUGCGUCGUGUCUUGCGAGCUGUGUGCGCGUCGUGCUCCCUCACGGAUGUCGUGCCAAGGAGAGCGAGCCAAACUCUCUCGGACGUGAGUCGUGUCGCGUGAGACUGAGUGUGCGUCGGGUCUUGCUCUUUUGAGUGUGGGCCGCGUCUCCUCUUGUGAAGAAAUGCGAGCUGGCCGCAGCUUGCGAGUGUUAGCUGCGUUGUGUGAAUGCGAGCCACGUCGUGGGAGCGUGGGUGAGUCGAUUCUUGCGAGUAUGUCUUCCGCACGUCUCGCGAAUGAGUGGGCUUGUGAGUGAGUGCGAGCCGCGCCAGUGAGUCUUGUGGGUGUGAGUCGCGUCGUGCGAGUGUGAGGGGGUCCCGCUUGGCGGGUGUGAGUCGUGUCGUGUGAGUACCCGCCGCGCCUUCUUAGUGUGAGCUGAGCCGCGCCUUCUGAGUGUGAGCUGAGCCGCGUCUUCUGAGUUGUAUGGGCCGCGUCUUGGGAGUGUGAGAGAGAGGGCCACGCUGGGUGGUUGUGAGUCGCGUCGUGUGAGUGCGAGUCGCGUCUUGGUUGCGGGUGUGGUUCGUGUCUUUUGGGUUUGCUUCGUGCCUUGUGACUCUGAGCGCGGGCCGCGUCUUGCGGGUGCGGGUUGUCUUGUGUCUUGUGAGUGCUGUGAGCCGCGUCUUGUGAUGAGUCAGCGCGAGGCGUGCCUUGUGAGUUUGGGGCAAGUAGAUGGGACCAGGGUGCAUGUAGCUGCAAAGAAACAUGCCAGGGCUGGCUGGGUCGGGAGUGGCUGAGACUCUUGCUGGGCUGUCCCAGAAUGAGAACGAAGCCGCGCAGGAUUGCCUUGGGGCUUGCGUGCUCCCUUGCCGCCCGACCUCCUUGCGAUUACAUGAAGCGGGCGCGGCUGAAGCUGAGCAUGUCUUAGCCUUGGGUGGGGGCUGCCGGGCCGCAGGUCGCGCUGCCUCGAGGGCGAAGGAAUGGGGCUGCGCCUGGGCUAGGGGCUUGUAGAAACCGCCUGACCGCCUUGAAAGAGCGGGGGCGCGAGAUUGUGGCGGCGUGGGUGUGUCCUCGACUCGGCGGCGUGCUUGAAUGAGUGACGGAGGGGAGAGCGGGCUGGAGGUGUGCUGGGUUAGAGUGGAUCGCGCGGGGCAGCUGGGUGGCGUCGCAAAUUGAAGCUAUGUAUGCUGCUCGGGGGCUCGGUUUUGGCUGGUGGUGCUUGUGCAGGGGCUUCGCUUUCUUUCAAACGGGUCGAUUUUGUUUCAAAGGGGUCGAUUUUAUUCAAAGCGUUCGAUUUUUUCAAUAGGAAGGAUUUUGGUCGAUUCCUUACAAAUCGACUACUACAAGAUUCUACAAAAGUCAUCCCCAGAUGCCUACAAAUUGUAUCCUUUGAAAGCCUACAAAAAAAAUCCAUCGCUUUGAUCUCUCUCAGUAGUUUUCCCGUUGAAUCUUAGGCAUCUGGUCUGCUGCUUCUUUCAAACGCUACGAUUUAUUCAAACACUACGAUUUUUCUUGUUUUCUUUCUUUUUUACCACUUGCUUUCUUUCUUUUUUACCACUUGCUUGCAACUUUUCUUUGAUACAAAUUCCAAGAAAUUAUUGUCAAGCUCUAAUUUGUGGGAGAGGGCGACACGGUACGAGAUGAGAUGAGUCCGGAGGAGUGUCGCCUAGCAGUGAGUCGGUGCCACGAAGAUCUAGCGGUAGUAAGAAAGACAAUAUUAAGGCUUCAGGUAACCCAUCUCCAGAAGCAUCCUGGGACCUUCCUCUAAGGGAAAAGCAAGUCCAGGAUGACACUCAAGAAGGAUUCCAGGAGGCUCUAACAAUACAAGAUCUAGUACAACAGCAGCAAAGUCGAACACUAGGACCUACUGCAACGCGAAGCGCCCUUCUCGCUGCAGCCCCAUCACAACGACAGGGGAUUUCACAAGGCGAAGUUGUAGCGCACGAGCUGCCUGGAAGACCUCAUGCUCGAGCGCCACCUCAAAGCGAAAACUUUGUCGACUUUGUGAAGUUAGCGGAUGAGAAUGUUGAAAAUAACAGACGAGAAUGGACGCAGCAUACGAGCGUUACAAAGAACUACAUGUUAAGGCUGUCAUGAUUUCAUCCUCGACUGUGCCAUUCUUGAGCAAAGGUAUGGGGAGCGAAGUAUCGUUGGGGGAAAACGCUCCUCCAUACUUUUCAAAGAUGCAGCCGAAAGCUGAAUCGCGCAGAAGUCUAACUAUCGUGGCAAGCGGUGCGCCGGCUGGCGAUGUUGAGCGCGUUGCCCUUCCUCUCAAUAUCAUCCACAUCAGAUACAAUAAGCACUCGCCGGCCCCUAUCAUGCAACAGCUGACACUCCUUGAAGAUCAGGAGGUUUUUGCGCAGAUGUGCCGUGGUGACUACGACUUCGACGCUGAGAAGACAUUUUUGCAGGGUCAUGAUGAUUAUCAAGUUGACAGACGGAGCGUUACGAUAAAGAAACUCAUCAUCCUCAAAUCACUGACAGCAAUUCCAAAAAAUUUGCUUCCUUGCUGAGUACACAGGUGACCCGGGAAAUGAAGCGGGUAGCCCGUGAGUGUGAAGAGCUAGGGUUCUGCGGCUGCGGUUGGGGAGGGCGCGGCUGUGCUGCUUUGGAAGGCUGGCGCGCGAUGGAUCUCCACCUGAGAGCGUCGCGCACGAUCUGCAAAUCCCCAUACCAUGGCUUUCUGGAGUCCUGUGGACGUUUGGAGACCAUGGCCAAUCCCUUCGGAGAUUUCUCGUCAAAUGUGUCGCGAAAACUGCUGCUUUUUUGCCUGAAAGUUGUCGCGGAUUUCGCUCCUGUUGGGUUUUGUUGAUGCAUGAGGAUCCAGCAACAAAGCCUUGAUGGUUUUUUUUUUUUGCAUGAGGGUCCGCGCACUGCUUGUCUUUCCCAAGCAAAAGCGCCGACUUCUAGUGGGCGGACCUCGUCAAAAAUGCGGCCCAAUAAAAGCCAUCAACGCCUUUAAGCUCAGAGGCUGGCGACACCUUUGCUGGCGCCUUUCUGUUGCAUGAAGCUGUCGACCAAUCUAGCUGAGGAAGCCCGCUCAUCGGAACCACAAGAGAAGAGAACCAGUCCCCAAUUUUGAGUCUUCGCGGAUCCCUAGUGCCAACCUUUGGCGGAGGCCGGUCGCCGGUCUUCUGAAGACCCUCGCAGACCCGCCGUCGCUAGCCCGUCUCGCCACCAGCCGUUCCCCAGCCCACCCUUCAGGUGGACUGGUUAGCCCAAGCCAGCUACUCAAAGGCAAAAAAAAUUCGCGGUCAGUGUUUUUUGAUGAUGAUGGGCUUUUUUAUCUUAAUGGAGGGGGGGGUUAGGGCGCGCGACCUCGCGCAUGUGCCGGACAUAGCCAUGGAACUGAGGGAGACCUUUGGCAUCCAGGGGGCAGACGGUUAAGGGUCAAUAUACUUACUUCAUUUCUAUAAGUCAUUUCUAAUUAGCUCCUUCCUAGGCUUGGAAGAAAUGUAGGCAAGAAGUGAAUUGUUUUGAGCUCUAUCUAAGACGUAGGACGGUUCACAACUCAAAUCGCCGGCACAGACGAGAACGAGGCGCGCCAGGUCAGAAUGAGGGACUUCUAUGAAUAUUUCACCAGUGGUCUUCGCGAUGGACUGGAAAAUGUACGCCUUACGGGGAGUCACUUUACUGAUGCUGGAGAGGUGAUUCAAUAUCUCAAGGGAAAGGUAGAGUCUCCUUCCAGUGGUCGGUAUAUAUAUAGCUUCGUAGUAACAUGUGAAACACCCGAGCCAAAGUACGGAGCGUUUUCGCCCUACAGAAUGCUCGAAGUUCGCUUUUCAUUUGUUGCGUAUUCGUGA